AUGAGUUCGCGGCGUGCAGAGUUGUUUGACGGACCGCCGCUGUUCAUUGAGCGAGCAGGUCUCGGGAGGCUAGAGUUCCCCAUCGUCUCCACCAUGGCCGUCCUGCCGCUUCUCCUCCUCGUGACCGUCUUCACCUCCCCAUCACUCGCUGGCUGCCCCUCCGAAGAAUGGCACGCCAGCAAGGGCACCUGCUACCGCUUUGUCUACCACUACUGGACAUGGUCGGACGCCCUGGACGCCUGCGGUCUCAUCCAGGAGAACUCCACGCUCGCCUCGGUCCACGACCUAGAGCAGAACGCGUUUGUGGCGGAGACCGUGUGUGGCUAUGGAGAGGCUUGGCUGGGCCUGAGGCGGCCCGGGUCUUACAUGGGGUGGGAUUGGGUCGAUGGAUCGCCGACGAAUUUCACCCAGUGGGGGUAUAACCAGCCGGCCAGUGAGGGCGAGCAGUGUGCCAUUAUCAACGGGUACACUUCUGGUCAGUGGAUCUCAGGGGAUUGCCAGUCGGAUCAUGCUAGUUUUGUGUGCCAGAUCGCUGAGCAAUAG